AUGGCUUCUUCAUUAAGUUUCUUAACCCUCCUUGUUUUGUUUUGUAUCUACAUGCCUAUAGGUACCAUGAGUUUCUCAAUGAGAUUAAUCUCAAGAGUAAACAUUGAUCCAAUGCUCUUUCCCAAAAACAUUUCUCUUGAAGAGAAAAACACUAGACUAGUCCAACUCUCCAAAAUCCAUGCCCUUAACUAUCACAAAACCAACUCCAAUGCAACAAUAGCCCCACAAACUUUGCAACCAAUUGUGACACCUAUUUCUAACAGCUUUCUAUAUGCUGUUGAAAUGCUGAUCGGAACACCACCAUUCAAAACAUUGUUGGUACUUGACACAGGUUCAAGUGAUACAUGGGUUCAAUGCGACGGAUGCAAUCCAUGUUUCCCAAUCAAGGGCGGAAAUUUCAAGUAUCGCGAGUCCAAAACUUUUAAGGAAGUGUCCUGCGACGAUCCACUUUGUGAUCCCAAAAUAUGUUCCCCGAAAACUGGUAAGUGUGCUUAUGCUUUAUUAUACCAAAGCGGUCCAAGUAGUAGAGGCAUUGUUUUAUCCGAAACAUUCACAUUUCCGGUUAGUCCAAACAAUAUUAUUAUCAACAAACGCAUUUUAAGCUUCAAAGGAGUAGCUUUUGGCUGCGGGUUGGAAAAUAAAGAAAUUUCAUGGGGAGAGCCCUUGACAAAGGACAAUGUCGUAGGAGGAAUAUUCGGUAUCGGGACGGAAACAAGAUCUUUCCUUAAACAAUUGUCCCGUGAAACCAACAUGCGUUUCUCGUACUGUCUUACCUUACCACAUGGUCCAAUGUCACAAAAUUACUUACACUUUGGCCCUGAUGCUAAAAUUAGCGGAGAUUUCAAAACGACACCACUUGUUACGACAAUAGGUAGUGUUAAAUUGCCACAUUACCAUGUCGUCUGCAAGGGGAUCAGUUUGUUAGGGAAAAUGCUUCCGAUAGACCCUAAAGUAUUUCAACUAAAAUCGGAAGGUAUUGGUGGAUUCGUCUUAGACACGGGAAGUGAUGUUACGUUUUUAGUCGAGAGUGCUUAUAGAGUGUUAAAAAAACAUGUAGAUGAUUAUUUUAAGGAAAAGUACGGUUUGAGUCCGUUUACAAGUAGAGAGAAACUGGCUCUUGAUCUUUGUUAUCUUAAUGCUCCAAACAAUAUUGUGAAGCCUACAAUUACAUACCAUUUUGAAGGAGGUGCUGAUUUUGUGGUGGAUUCUAAGUCAGUGUUUAUGUCUCUUGAUGCACCAGAGGGGAAAGUGUUGUGUUUGGCUGUGGAAGUGGGUGGUAUUGUUGGGCCAAGUAUAUUGGGAUCUCGUAACCAGGUUGAUCAUACAUUUCUCUUUGAUGUUGGAAAGAAACAAGUUUCUUUUGUUCCACUAGCACAAACUUGUGGUAAAGCUUGA